CUCCGCCCAAGAUUAGCUUCACUACCAGAGUUUUGUUGUGGGAUUGGUGCUUCAGCGUCCUCCAAUAUAUUUUUAUAAAUGGCUCAAAUUCGAGGAUCCUGCGAAACACUCUGUCCCGAUACAGAGUCAAAAAUGCGUAUUCGAGAGAAUCUCCUGCACUUUUACGAACUGAAAAAUGGCCAGAAAAAGACACCGGGUAUCCUGGUAAAGGAGUUUACGAGAUCCGCCGCUGAUGUGAAGAUGCCCAAGGCCAAGGACAUGCGCACCGAAACGUCGCUGACGAAAACCGUGGAAUAUCUCUUAAAGGAUAUUAUCCUGGACACCCGGAAGCCAUACCACGUAGCCUACGACUUCAUCUUUGAUCGAUUGCGCGCCGUACGUCGGGAGAUCGUGAUCCAGGUUUACGACGCUCGACAAACCAUUCCGCUUUUGGAGCCCAUUGUGAUUUUCCUGGCCUACAGUCGCUAUCGAUUGUGCGAGGAAUCUAUCGAAAAGUUCGAUCCAAAGAUCUGCAACCAGCAUCUGCAAGAGUGCUUGACCGGUGUGCUGCGGUGUUACGAUGAACUGGAGGAACAGGUGGCUCCCACUGACCUGACCAUUCGUCAGCUGGAGCGACGCUGUCUUAUUGAAUCUCUGUAUCAGAUAUUUAAUUUGGGGUCCCCCGAGUCCUUUGUGCGUGCUCUCUCCUUGCCCGAUUACGUAAAGAAGGACCCCAUUUUUAAUCUGUCCUUUGGGAUCUGCUUGGCCUAUCAUCAGGGGAAUCUUUAUAGAGUCCUAAUGGGUUUGCCACGGCUGCCGCACAUCCUUUGCGCCGUGGCCAGCACUAAAUUGCAGGCAAUAAGAAGGAGUUUGUUGCAGAUUUUCACGCAUGCCUACAACAACAAGCAACUUACGGUGCCGGUUCCGUACUUGUUGCGUUUGCUUUUAAUCGACAGGCCGGAUUCUCUGCAAGAACAAUGCCGGCAUUAUAACCUGUCGUUGGCAGUCGAUCGGAAGGCCGUUCAUUUCAAUAAGACUGAUUUUAAUAAUGCUGUUGACCCCAUACGGCCCCGGCAUGAAACCUUCGUUGAAUCCAAAUUGGCAAAGGUUUAUUUGCCCGAAUUGUUGCUCCUGAAGAAGUUUUAGGCUCUCCAGCUGCAAUAAUUCUGUAAAUAGUUCUCUGUAAAUAAAAUUGUAAUUUAUUUUA